AUGAUCAUGCUUGCAUCGAAUCAGCAUCACCAGCCAUCUGUCCAAUACACAUCAGCUCCUCCUUCAACCAUCAUACAGCAACCACCACAACCUAUUUAUUCUGUAAUUCCGAACACAGCAUCACAUAAUUUCUCAACGGAUCAUCACCAACAACAGCAUUUAGGUAUGAUCCCUCAACAGCAAGGAAUGAUCAUGAGAGACGUUUUACCGCAGCCACCUGUACAAAACCCUCCAUUAUAUUCACUACCAUCCAGCAAUAUUAAUUUAAAUUAUUCAACUAGCAAUCAACCAAGCACUUCUCAUAACGCUCCAUUCGCAUCCGGACAAUCCACAGCAGCGAUCAACAAACGAAUACGAAGACAAGACACGGAUAACAUUCCUAAAAACCAUGUCUUUCGAAAGUUAAAACCGAUCGUACGAGCUGCCACACCAUCACCCAUCGUUGCAACUCAUCAAACAACACACGAAAUCAUCUCAAACAAUGCUGUAAUGUACAAUCAACAACCAACAUAUUCGGAGCAGUUUAUAAACGGAAAUAUAAUGGCAGUUCAGACUGAAUCCAUUCCAAUGAACCAUCCUCUACCAUCCAAUGUACAAAAUACACCUCAAUCUAUUGAAGGAGCAUUUGUAAAUCAUCACUCUCUUCAGCCUGUACCAAGCCAUAUCAUGCAUCAUCAAGAGCAAGAUCCAUAUCACCAUCAACAAUUUCAUUCUCUACAGCCUGUUCAUCAUCAACCUGUUGUCAACGCAAAUUCAAGCCCUCACAACAUUCUACAACAGCCUCCCAUGGAGCUCAACCAAAAUCCUUCAUCAAAUCAAGCUUUGGAUAUCCGUCAACAAUUUCAUGCAGUAUUUGAAAAUCAACCAUUGCCUAAAGCUUUGCUAAGAAAAUUACCAAGUCAUGUCAUUGAUGAAAUGGUCAAAAAAGAUCCCAAAAUAGCUCAACAACUACGAGAACUACAAGAGGAGUCUAUUUUACCACAAAUUCACACGCCCUUCCGAAAAACUCAAGAAUUGGACUUGAAAGAUCCUAAUGCUGGAAACAAUAUUAGCUCUCCAGUCACAAUUGACGAUGAAGACACCUUUAUGAGCAAUCAAGGUGUUAUCGAGGAGUCUGUCAAUCCUUCCAUUUUAAAAUUGGACGAGGCAUCUUUUGAGCUGAUAAAGUCAAAACGAAGUGAUGCUCAUAGUACGACAAAUACUAAUGGAGAUGUUGUCUAUAUUGUAGAGGAUGAUGAUGAAGAUGAGGAGCAUGAAGAAAUUGAACAUAAAACCGAGGAGAAACAUGAGCAUCCUGAACAACUUAAACAACCAGAAGAGGAAGAAUCAGAAUCUUCUGAUCAUUUAAUUUCCGAUCAUGGAGUCCCUCAAAAAAUUACUUCAGAGAUUGUACAACCCCAUUCCCCGGUGCAAAUUCAAAGUACUCUCGAAAGCGAGCAACAUUUAUCGAAGAUUGAUCUAUAUUCUUGGAGUUUUGUUUUUAAGCAUGUUCCUAACGACAAACUUUAUGUUCAUUUGAUGGGUAAAACGAGCUCAGAAUCAGAUAUAAUUUACAAAUCAUCAUUUAUAGUACAUCGUAUCAAUUCAAAGACUGUGCUUUCAUCAACAGGAACCAAAUACGUUCUAGCUUCCGAGAUGAAUCAUGAACGAAACUCUGAAAACUUAAAUGUAGUAGGAAAAGAAUUUUUAGAAAAAUUUUGCAACAGCAGUGAUGGUCCAUUUCCUAAGGAAUGGGAUGACCUGUUAAAAAAAGAGUUUUUAAGGUUGGAAACACCGCUAACGAGCUCCACAUCCAAAAAUCACACUUCUAUGAUACAAGGUGACUAUAGCCUGGAAAAGGUAUCAGCCAGUAAUCAAAGACAUUUCUCACCUCAGACUGAUGAAUUUAUGGAUGUAGGAGAAGGUUUUGCCAAUACUGAUCCUUUUCAACCAUCUCAACACGAGGAUGAUGAGGAAACUCACCAUGCCGACGAACCAUCAGCGACACCUAAGCGACAAGCCACUACACCCGCUACCAAGAAGCAUAAAUAUAUCUCAUAUGACGAUGAACAAAGUGAAGAAGAGGAUAUUCCAAGUGACACACCAAAAAAGAAAACACGAACAAGGAAAAACAAUACACCCAAGAAACCUCCAACAAAGAAGAAAAAAAAGAAAUUGGACAGAAGUACUGACGAGGACACUGAUGAGGAAGACUAUGUGCCUGAAGAGGAAGAGGAUGAAAAGCCAAAGCGAAAGAAGAAAAAGAAUGAGACUCCACUCUCCACAAAAAAAUCAACUUCCAAAAGGCUUUCUCAAACCUCAAUCACUGCCUAUAGCAAGUCAAAGAAAUCUAAAUACGACACCGAUGAAGAAGAAAUUCCCUCACUGGAUGUUGAAACAGAAGGAAAAUUAAUGAGCUGGAGAAAACAACCAACAUCACACACUCCUCCCACUAAGAAGACUCUAAAUCCUCACCAAGAUAUACCUAUUGUGCACAAAUAUUAUUAUACACCUCCUGCGGGGUUGUCAAAAGAAUCCGAAGAAGAAAGUCCACAACCCGAGAACACCUCAGAUCAAUAUGUCGAACCAACUCCUCCAAAACCUAGGAAGAUGGCCACUAACAAACGAAAAUCUUCCAAAUUUUCAACUAAAUCUAAUGCUUCCCUCUCAAACGACCAAGAAGGUAGAGGUGCCAAAACUGAAGAGCGUAACAUUUUCAGCUCAAAAGAAUUAGUUGUCGUAAUACCAAGAAAACCCAAAAAUCUCCAACGAAGAAAGAAAAGAUCUGAAUUGGACCUUUUGGCAAAAAUGGCUGGUCGUUCUCACAUUAACUAUCUAACAGAAACCAACAAGGAGUAA